CUUUGAAAGCUGAAAGACUUGACAUUGAAUCUGGGGUCCCGACAUAGUCACUAGCGUCUUUGAUCAAGCUCAAGUGCCAUGGCUUUGUCUUGUCAUCGUUGUUCAGAGCCCAACAAGGGUCCCUCUAAGUUUCUUUUAAAGUGCAGAGACUGCAAGAGAGGUUGGCAUCAUAGAUGUCACAUCCCUCUCAUUGAAGACGCUGAACUCGUUGAGCUUAUCCGUCUCACAAACGCGGGCGAUCACGAUAACGGCCUCGCUGGCUGGAGAUGCAAACGUUGUAAGAAGGCUGAGACGAGCAGCAGAACCGCAGCAGAGCAGCUCAGACCGAAACAGGAUGUCAGCGAACCACUCCCUUCUGCUCAGGCGCAGGGGCUUGCACUUUGGAAGGACGAGAGAGAAGUCGACGCUAACCUUACAACUCGGAGCGCCGGGCAAGCAUCGAACAUCGAGGCAACCGCCCAGGUAUUCCACGAUGUCAAAGGCACACAACUCAACGACCAUGGCAAUCGGUACCAACAACAGCAGGACAGUCAUACGGAUAGUCAGAUGAGAAAUUUAGCUAACGAUCUACUUCCGAGAACUGCAGUUCAAAGGCUCCAAAUGAAACGUGUGCUUCAAGAGCAGCAUCGUGAUCACCCCAGAGUUGACCGUCCCAAUCCCCUUCCCUUGGAGCUCUGUCUAGAUCAGACCGCUGCGCCUCUCAAAUACGCCCGUGCUCCCGAUGGAAAGAAGGUUGUCUCGAUCGGGCAUCCAUCCAGAGUGGAACAGCCUAAAACUAUGAACCACGUAACUCCUUCACACAUAGAAAAACAUGACGCAGGAAAAGAAGAUUCACCUCCCACUGCCUCUCGCUCUGUUACCUUGGCUCUCCGAAAGGGCUAUCCGCUCUCCAUUCACUUCACGGCCUGAUCUAGAGGAGGAAAUCGAUCGUUGUGAUACGAUGGUGAAGACUGAGAGUAACGAGCAGGAAACUCUGGAUGAUGACAGUAGUUUCACUCCCAUUCUAUCUAGUUCGGAAAUACUUAAGGAGCAGCAAGGAGGUUCCGUGACCGAGGAGGGCCGCCAGACGAUUCAGCGACGAGAACUGAGCAAA